AUGCAUCGGGCUUACCAGCCUCUAACACCAGCGAACAACAUCUUCUUGAAAAGACUCUGGGACGAAAACUAUUUCAAAACACACAGAAGAAAGGUUGUAGCAGCCAAACCUAGAAUCGAUAACAAACCUCCAAAGACGUACAUGCAUUUACACAUCAAGCUGAAAAAGCUACAGAUCGAGGGAGAGCGAUUAGCAAGUGUGGAAAGGGAUAACAGAAUCCUUUUAGAGAGAAUGGCGCACAUCAUGAGAUCUGGGGGUCGUGUUCACAGCCAAAAUAAAGACUAUAUGAGGAAAAGUCUGAACAAGACUAAGCGCCAGAGGGAGCUACUACGCAUCACCCACGAGAACCUGGCUAUCCUGAAAAGGCUGACCUCUAAGGAACCACAUUAUAAUCACAACAGAUGGAACCACGAGUGGAAGAUGAAUCAGCAGUACAUGAUGAACAUUUCUAAAUUCCCACACAUCUGGAGAGAUAAACACGAGUUGGAGAUGAGGAAGAUGCAACAAGCUGCUGCUAACCGCUGGAUCGUAGACCAGUUCCAGGGUGAAAGUAAAGGACAAGGCAACAGAAAACCGUUCGAGUUCAUACCAUGAUGUGUA